GGGCAGGUGGUGUGGCCGGAGGACCGACUGUCGGGGGCCUGGGGAGUCGGUCAGUGUGCUUCUCAGGUGCCUGUCCUUUCCCAAGCUGGGAAGUCAGGAGACCAGGCAGUGGCAACUGUGCUUCGGAUGGUCAGGCCCCAGGCCCCGACCUAGGCUCUUGGUACCCUGAUGUGGCUGCCCUUCAGGCCGGGAAUAUCCCUGAGCAAUAGAAGCUUGUCAUUCCAGGGAUCUGCAGCGUACCAGUUCCUGUCUGUGGACUAUACUGAGAGGAAGUGGAAAGGUCCGGCCCUCAGUCAGAGAGCCGUGUACCGGAGCAUCGUGCCGGAAAAUUACUGCAGCAUGGCCUCAUUGGGUGAGACUAGGACGCGGCGUUCAGAGCUGCCUGCAAGGCAGGAAGUUUCUAAAGGACCGGCGUCAUCUGAUGGGACAUCAGGAGGCCUCUGUGGAGUAGUUUCUGGGGAACCAGAGACAGGAGCUGCCUGUGAAGGUACUUUAGAGAAGCUGGAAGGGCAAUCCUCAGAUGAAGAAGGGAGCAGACUGGAAAGUGAUUUCUUCAAAAUAACACACGAGGAUAAAGAUAAAUCCACAAAAGCUGGAUGUGAUGAAUAUAAUGAACUUGGGAGACAUCCAGAUCUGUCCUCUAGUGCUGCAGAACAUCAAGGAGUUCUGAAGGGACAGAAAUUUUAUCAAUGUGAUGAAUGUGGUAAAGCUUUCAAUUGGAGUUCACACCUCAUUGGGCAUCAGAGAAUCCACACUGGAGAGAAACCCUAUGAGUGUAAUGAAUGUGGUAAGACCUUCAGGCAGACCUCUCAGCUCAUAGUUCAUCUGAGAACCCACACAGGGGAAAAGCCCUAUGAGUGCAGUGAGUGUGGAAAGACUUACCGACACAGCUCCCAUCUUAUUCAACACCAGAGACUCCAUAAUGGUGAGAAACCAUAUAAAUGUAAUGAAUGUGGAAAAGCUUUCAAUGAGAGUUCCAAACUUUUUGACCACCAGAGAACCCAUACUGGGGAGAAGCCUUACGAAUGCAAUGAGUGUGGGGCUGCCUUUAGUCGAAGUAAAAAUCUUGUCCGGCAUCAGGUACUUCACACUGGAAAAAAACCUUACAAGUGUAGUGAGUGUGGGAAAGCUUUCUGUUCUAAUAGAAAUCUUACUGACCAUCAGAGGAUCCAUACUGGGGAGAAGCCUUAUGAGUGUAAUGAAUGUGGCAAGGCCUUCAGUCGGAGUAAAUGUCUUGUUCGACAUCAGAGCCUCCACACUGGGCAAAAACCAUACAAAUGUAGUGAAUGUGGGAAAGCCUUCAGUCAGAUCUCUCAACUUGUUGACCAUGAGCGAAUUCAUACUGGAGAAAAACCUUUUGAAUGCAAUGAGUGUGGUAAGGCAUUCAGUCUGAGUAAAUGCCUUAUUCGACAUCAGAGACUUCACACAGGUGAAAAGCCCUAUAAAUGUAAUGAGUGUGGAAAAUCCUUCAAUCAGAACUCAUACCUCAUUAUACACCAGAGAAUUCACACUGGUGAGAAGCCUUAUGAAUGUAAUGAGUGUGGGAAGGUCUUCAGUCAUAAUUCUAGCCUUAUGGUUCAUCAGAGAACCCAUACUGGGGAGAAACCCUAUAAAUGUAGUGACUGUGGGAAAGCAUUUAGUGACAGCUCACAGCUUAUUGUGCACCAGAGAGUUCACACAGGAGAGAAGCCUUAUGAAUGUAUUGAGUGUGGGAAAGCCUUCAGUCAGCGUUCCACUUUUAAUCACCACCAGCGAACUCACACUGGAGAAAAGCAUUCAGCUCUGGCUCACACAGUUUAUUGAGACAUGAUUCUCCAAGACAGCAAGAUAUUUUGAGUUAAUCUUUUUUUGUAACAAAGAUACUCACCCUCAUCUCCUCUUGGAAUCACUAAUCAAUGAGGGCCAUUCCCUCCAUUCUUUCUGCUUGAAAAUGAAGGUGGGAGAGUCACAGGGCCAUCCUUCCCAGCUAUGAGGGAAGUAAGGACUACACAUUUCUUGGACUUAUAGAUUCCCUCCCUACCCAUUUCCCUCCCUCCCUUCCUUCCUUCUCUUUCUCUCUCCUCCCUUUUUUGUUUAAAAAUGUAUCUCUGGUUUUAGGAAUGAAUCCUAUAACCAAAUUGUGUGCUUCUCAAGGACAGUAAUUAUAUGCUUCCUUUCUUUCCAGCUAAUUCAUUUCACAUUUGCAUAAAGUCGUUCUCUAAUGCUCUGGUUUUUUCCUAUCUUGGAUAUGGCCUUUUAAAAAGUUCUAUUAUAAUCUAGAUCUUCAUUUCUUGUAUUUCCUAUCUAGAAAACCUUUUCUUCUUUCUGUUUGCUAAUCUUUAUCCCUCAGACCCUGUAAGAUCUAGCUCAUCUCAGAAAGACUUUCUUCUUGAAAUGCUUUUUCCUUCCUCCUAAACUUCUCGUGAUUUGACUUCAAUGCUUCAAAUUAGCCUGUGCUACAAUUUGCAUUAAAUUGCAUUCAGAACAAUUGUCAAGGCAUACGUGUACACUUUCAUAACAAAUUAAUGUAGGUUCUUUGAGGUUGAGUAUGUAUUUCUUUUAGCAUAUAGAUAAUUUUCAUAUGCUAGUUGUUUAAUAAUUUUUCUCAACUCAUCUUUCCAAUUCAUCCAUUCUUAAACUGGGCAGGAAUUCCCCUUGUACCACUGGACCUAAGUGUUUUAAAGAUGGAUAUCGUAGGAUACCACAGACAAAGGCCUCAUUCAUAUCUUCUACAUAUACCUCUGGGAGUUUUAGUGCUGUUUACGUCAGCCUCGAAGAACUAAUGAUUUGUGCUUGAGCAUGCAUGUCUGUGUGUGUCUAGGUUUUAGAGUCAGCAGUUAUUCCAGUGAUAAUGUACUUUUUCCUGCUUUCUGUGAUUGGAGCUCACAGUGACUGAUUUCCUUACUAUGUAGUUCAAUCUACCUGUAACUGCCAUCUAAUAUCAAGGUGAGAGGAGUACACUUAAUUAUUGUAAUAAUCUUCUGCGCCAUCAGGAGGUCUUUUCAGAGUCCAGUAGUUGUAUAGGAGACAUUAGCUUUGAACACCUUAUCCCUUCCACCAUUGCAGGAGUGCUCCAGUGCCCCAGCCUUUGCCUCUGGUGCCUGCCCCUUUUCUCUUAGCAGGACAGUAGGAUUGACAGUGUGGCAGAGGAGGAGGUUAGAGGGGCAAUGUCAGAUUAUGUAACCUGGAGGGGAGAGAUUAUUGUGAGCUGUAAUUUAUAUCUGAGACAGUGGAGAAGAAAGGGAAGAGAAUUGAGGCUCAAGAAAAUAAGAAUUAGAUGUGAUUUGUGGAGAGGCAUCUCAGAAAAGAUUAGAAAGAAUGUUACUGGGGAGAUCUGUAAAACUACUGAACCAAGGGUACAGCUAGAAAUUUGCCAUUUGUAAGUGUUUUAAGUUAAAUUUCUGUUUUCAGAUAUAUUUUUGCUGUUUGUUUCCAUUUUCCUUUACAAGAUCUGCAGAUAGGACUUUCUUAAAAGUGUUUUAUCUUGGGAGCAUCCAGAUCCUGAGAAGGAGCCCAACCCCAUAUUAGCACAAGGGCCCAUCCCUCCACUGUGAUUUGCAAAUUACUAGCCAUGUCUUCAGUAGAACCCCCUGCCUAUUGUAUGCUGUAAUUUUACCUUCUAUUUGUUGUUUGCUCAUCCUCUUACCACUCUGAGUCUGGAGGGUGAGAGCCAGCACUAUUCAUAAGUAUAUACCCCCCACCACCAGUCAGGCGUACAUGUUCAGUAGGAAUGAAUGUCCUUACUUCCUUGAAAAGUACUCAGGCUCUUGCAUGGAAGAAAAUGGGCUAUAUAUGAAAGCCACACCUCAAUUUCUAUUGGUUAUUGCUAGUAUUUAAAAAAAGUAUUGAGUUUUAAAAAUUUUACUGGGAUAAGCCGUUACCAGCCACAGUGCAGCAAAACCCACCCUUAAAGUAUUAGCAUGGGUCGGAACUAUGGGGGUCUCUGAAUUUGGAGUUUUGAAACCCAGCCACACCUGAGAUAAAACACAAGAGUGCUGUGCCGCCUGGCAGGCGGACAGCUCUGACACAGACAGGGUGAAGGCGGGAUCUGAUGGAAGCCAGGGACACAGAAGGGGUGAUUUUUGCUCAUCUCUGAGCGCUUACUGGGGAGUGGAGGGGCACAAGCUCCCCGCUCUGGAGAAGGGGUGGAGCUGUUUUCAUCGAUCAGCACUGACCAACCUCAGGGAGGAAAACAGCACCACCAAGUGGAUGCCAGAGCUGCUUACAUCAAAUCCCGCCGCCCUGUGCCCCGCAAGUGCAUCUCCACUAGGGCAAGUCCACCUAAGAAUCAACAGUAGGCCUCUCCCCCAGAAGACAAACACAAAACCCUUGCACAUACCAAGUCUACUGAUCAAGGAAUGCUGCAAAUCUUCAGCUCUAGGGAAAUCAGGAUCUAGACUCUUUUUUUGUUUGUUUGUUUUGGAUACAGAAAAAGCAAUUUCUUUAUUAUUUUAUUUUUUAUUUAUUUGUUUUUAAUUUUUUAAUUUUAAAAUCUUUCAUUUUUUAAAGAAAAUUUUCAUCAAGCUUCCCUUAAUAAACAGGCCAAAACACACCUGGGAUCUAGCUUCCUUUAUAUAUUUUUUAAAUUUUUUAUCUUAUUUUUUUUAUUUUCUUUGGCAUCAAAAAUGACAAGACAGAGGAAUUCACCCAAAAAGAAAGAACAGCAAGAAGUGAUGGCCAGGUAUUUAAUUGAUACAGAUAUAAAUAAGACAUCUGAACUAAAAUUGAUAACAACAAUUAUAAGAAUACUGGCUGGACUUGAAAAAAAAAAAAAAGACACUAGAGAAUCCCUUACUGCAGAGAUAAAAGAACUAAAAAAUAUUCAGACCAAAGUAAAAGUGCCAUAACUGAGAUGCAAACCAAAUGGAUGCUAUGACAGAGGAAUGAAUCAGUGAUAUAGAACGUAAAAUUAUGGAAAAAAUAAAGGUGAAGGGCGCCUGGGUGGUUCAGUUGGUUAAGCGAUGGCCUUCGGCUCAGGUCAUGAUCCUGGAGUCCCAGG